AAGCCUCGAGCGCAAUAUCGAAACACCGACCUUCCUGAACAAGUCCAAACAGACCACCGUUGGGCUAAAAAAUUCCUUCCAACAAUGAUGUUGUGGGCUGGCAGCCAAGAAUCCCUCUGGAGCAUCCCAGAUGAAACUCUACUGACACAUAUCCAAAUUGCAUUUCAGGCAGUCUACCUGGAGCUUAACCUUGUCAUUGUUCAGAACGAUGUCUACAACACCUCCUUACUACUUAUCUGUUCUGACUCACAGACUGUCCAACGGCUUUCCGAGUGGCGGAGCAACUUCGGCUCUACGGCCAUUGCAAUCAUCUUUGAUUUUCUGACGAGCAACAAUGACUGUGACCCAGAGGUUCUUGCAGGGCUCCUCUUGAAGAAUUUCGCCUUCAUCUUCAAGGACAUGGACAAGCGCGAGCCUGACAGGGCGUUCCACUCUGCAUUUAUGCUGCAGCUCCUUGGAAAGGCCCACCUUAGCACCAUUAAUGGCCAUGCUACCAUUCCCACGUUGAAAACCAAGGACCUUGCAACAAAAGGGAUCGCUGGUGUUAUUGUAUUUUGUGCUACAGCGGUCUGUUCAUUUUCUUGUUAG